CUCUCCCCAUGUCCUCACUACGUGGCAGCAAGCUAUUGUACUGUCAAUCCAUCCACGUAGUGGGAGAGAGAAGCGGUGGAGACUUCCAGAACCAGUCUCUGUGUAUAUAUAAGUAUAUAUAUAUAUAUACAGCACGUCGCUUUCACUAACUUAGAUUUACGCGUUGAACUGAUCGGUGAAGAGGUCUGCAGCGGAAUCCGUGUGGACGGAUGGGCUACUUCUAGUGCUGAGAAGAGGAGGAGAAGGUGGAGGAGGGGGCUGCUGGACAUCCGAUCCUCAACUCCAGGCUCAGCUGAAGAGGUAGCUGUGACCCAACAUGACUGCCCUGCGGCAGAGGAAGGCCAGUAAAGGGAAGGACCCGGGGCUGGACGCUCAGAGCCUCCGGUGUGAUCUUGUGGCUGAUGUCCCUGUGAAGCCAGCUUCUGCAGGUACAUCAUGGUGCUCAGUACUGUGUGUUGUCACUGGUGCUACAGUCGGAGUUAGUCUGGGUCUGCUGUGCUGCAUCUAUGUGGCCACGCUUCAUGAGAAUGACCUGUGGUUCUCCAAUAUAAAGGAAGUUGAGCGUGAAAUCUCUUUUCGGACAGAAUGCGGCCUCUACUAUUCCUACUACAAGCAGAUGCUGAGGGCUCCGUCUAUACAGGAAGGUCUGUAUGAGCUCAUAAAUGACAACACUACAGAGUCUAAGAGGACUAUCAAUAUUCUGCAGCGUAUGAACAUCUAUCAAGAGGUGUUGCUAAGCAUCCUCUACAGGAUUCUGCCCAUUCAGGACUACCUGGAACCAGUUUAUUUCUACAUUUACACUGUGUUUGCUCUUCAAGCAGUGUAUGUUCUAGCUCUCUUCCUCACCAGCUGGAUGCUAAGCGACUCGUGGCUGGCAGGAGCUCUCACUGGAGUGUGGUACAUCCUCAACCGAAUAGACACUACACGUGUGGAGUUCACCAUAUCCCUGAGAGAGAACUGGUCUCUGCCGUUUUUUGCCCUGCAGGUCACUGCUAUCACCUGCUACCUACGUCCUCAGCUCAGGCCGACCCACCAGAGGGUGGUGCUGUGGCUGGUGUUUGUCUGUACAUUUUGCUUCUGUCUAACGUGGCAGUUUAAUCAGUUCAUCCUGCUGGUGCAAGCCCUCCUUAUCUUCACCCUCGACGCUCUGGAUUUCCUGACAGCGGAGCAGGUGACGUCUCUGUACCUGGUGCAGGUGGUGAGUCUGCUGUGCGUGUGGCUGCUGCAGUUCUGUAACUCCAUGAUUCUGGGCUCUCUGGUGCUCAGCUUCAUCGUGGCCGUGCUCUUCAUCAAACACUUCCAGACAGGGUUAAAGACAGGAGGUAUUGUCGUCCGUGUAGCGAAGCUGGCUCUCCAUGCCUUCCUGGUCCUCACAUUAACUUUCAUCAUCAAUUAUUCAGCCAAGAAAAUCCUGCAGCUGAGGUCAGACGAGCACAUCUUCAAGUUCAUAAAGGCUAAGUUCGGCUUGGGGGCCACAAGAGAUUUUGAUGCGAGUCUGUAUCUGUGUGAGGAGGCUUUUGGCUUGUUGCCGUUGGAUACGUUCGAGCGCUUGGCCAACACACUGCUGGUUUACCCGUAUCUCUGCACUCUCUCAGUUCUGCUCAUUGUGCUGGCACUUGCCGCUCUAUUUAACCUCAGAGAGGCUGGGGUGGGCCGAGCGCCCGGAGACAACGAUGAGUCGACCUUCAGCAUGCGGCCAGAUGUCGCCUACAAUCUUCUGCACACAGUCUUCUUUGGUCUGCUGGCUUUAUCCACCAUGAGAAUGAAGUACCUGUGGACCGGUCAUAUGUGCGCUUUCGCUGCCUUUGGGGUUUGUGGCAAAGAAGUGUGGGCGCUGUGUCUGAGAGUGAUCCACUGCAACACUAAAGCUAAGCUCAGGUUGGUCAGGUACUCUGUUCCGAUUGUGGUUCUGGCAUUCCUUUAUUACAAGUUUUGGCCUAAACUGAUGGAGGAAAUUUCUGAACUGAGAGAAUUUUAUGAUCCAGACACUGUGGAGCUGAUGACAUGGAUUAGCUCCAAGACCCCCAAGCGUGCGGUGUUUGCAGGCAGCAUGCAGCUGCUGGCGGGGAUAAAGUUAUGCACGGGACGGGUUCUGACUAACCACCCCCACUAUGAGGAUCAAGCACUGCGGGAGAGGACCAGGCAGGUGUAUCAGGUGUAUGCCUGCCAGUCAGCAGAGGAGGUCCACAGACUGCUACGCUCUGUAGGAACGGACUACAUAGUGUUGGAGGACAGCAUCUGCUACGAGCGCCGGCACAGUCGGGGCUGCAGGCUGAGGGACCUGCUCGACCUCGCCAAUGGACAUAUCAUGGAUGGGCCUGGUGAAAAUGACCCUGACCUGGUCCCGGCCUCUCACCCGCGCUUCUGCCAGGCCAUCAAAACCGGAGAGCCCCCAUACUCCACCUUCUUCACCCGCGUGUUCCAGAACAAGACCUUUUACGUAUACAAGCUGAAAAAAACCAAGAAGAAAAGCAAGGCAGACAGUGGCGUGUAGUGGGAGGCCAGCGAUCUCGCGCCCAAAACCUCCUCCACAUCAGCCCCCAUCAAGGAGGCUGCCUGAAAGGAAUGUUUAGUGAGUUUGUGAUUGCAGUGGGGGGCCUCUGUUUGUGUGUGUAUGUGUUUCGAUAGAAGCCUGAUUGGACCCGUAUGGGCAGAUGAUGUGUACGAGCUUUAAGUUGCGUGGCCUAAAGCAACUGGAGCUCAUGUUUAAAUGAGAGAAAGAGAGAGAAAGAUGAAAACAUCUCCUGCUUGGUUUUCUCUUUCUUUUAUUCUCUCUCUUUCAUAUUGUGCUCGAACUCUGAUGUUUGCUCACGCUCAUAUGCUGAACCAGACCCUCAUUUCUCCUUAUGCUGUUUCUCCUUACCCAACUCCCUCUUUCACAUACAUACUGGAAAAAUGGGUACCGAAUAUUUAGAAGGAAAAAAACACAAGAAGAAACAAGGAAAAAACCCUUUGAUAAUCAGAGAUAGGAAUCUAUUUGAACUUUUGGGGUAAUUAUUGCCUAGCCUCGUGUUGUUUUUACAUCAGCCAAGCUGUUGGCCUGUGCCAUCUCUCUAGUUUCCAGUCCCGCAGUCGCAGCUCACUGUCUAGCUUUUAAAUUUAAUGAGAAUGCUUUUUCAUACACGCAUCCACAAGCAGAGGUCCGGUGCUCUCUGUCUCUCUUUAACGGUGACUAAUAAGAGCCGGUCCUGGUCAUAGGUGCAGUGAAAGUGCCACAAAUUCUCACUGUAAUGCCCAAUGAUUCUAGCACUGUGAAUAUCAUUGCAUAUUUGUUCUCUUUUAAUUUGUGCUACUGUGUAAUUUCGUGGCUGGCAUGUCGCACUGAGUGACAGAAAAUAACCUUUUAUUUCUCUUUUUACUCUACAAAUUCAGUUAUCUUGGUAACACUGUUUACUUAGAUUACAAGGAUAGUUACAUGCUGUUACGUUUAACCUUAAUAAUUAUUAUGUUCAGUUGUGUAGGUGAUAAUUGUGCAGAGUGAAUUUGCCGAGAUGUUUUACAUGGGCUGAUGUAAUAUAUUCAGUGUUCUAUGGAAGAAGUGAAUGUCGUCAUUUCUCGCAGCCCUUUCAUUCCAUUAAGGUCUUUACGAAUGAGAUGUGUGAAAGUGCCUUGUCAUUUUCCUAAUAGCCCAGUUGAGUUCAGUUUUUUAAAACUCAGAGCAACACCUUCAGGAUAAUCUGGUUUUAUAUUACUUCUCAGGCUAUUUGAGGCCCAGAGCACUACUGAAAUGUAUUUUUUAUGGAUUGAACUAUCAUGCCCUAAAUCCAUUCUUUGAUGUUCUCUUCAGUGUCUGCAACAAUAAUCCUUAAAAGACUUCCAGUGAAAUAUACGUGUAUAUAGAUGCAAUCGUGGUCAAUUUUUUUAAAAAGGGACCCUCCGUUUGAGCUUCAUGGAAAGUCUCUUUGUGAAAUGGUGUGAAUUUUUAUGUGAACAUACAUGGUAAUACUUUACUGAAGGGUGGCAUCCAUGAGGCUACAAAAGCCAUUUAUGACAACCGAUCCAAAGCUGUAUUAACAUUUAUAAAGGCUUAUUCCAACAAGCACCAGCAGUUGACUAAAGCUGCUUUUCUCAGUUUCACCUACAGAAAGUCGUAUGACAACUGACCAUCGUUUGAAUACUUUAUAGUUCUUUAUAUAAAUAUUGGCAUACGUCAUUAGUCAUGAAAAUCACCUUUUAAUGUAAGUAUUACACUGAUCCAAGAAUUGUGAUUCACUUUAUUUAAACUUAGAAAUAAACUGGAAAGGUUUAGGAUUUUUACAAACUUUGAAGAGGAAGGUAAAUUCGGUUAGGAAAAUUGUUAGGAUUCUGCCCUAUUCAUAUUCAAGCAAAUUUGAAACCAUGUUAAUGCAUUUUUUCACAACUGGCAUAAACCUAUGUGAAUGUUUAGAAAGGCUUAUUAGUUGUCACAGAAGCUGCUUUAGUCAGUUUCACCUACAAAAGAUGUUGCUUGUUUGAAUAAGCUUUCAGAAAUGAUUAUGAAUAUAAGUAUAGGUCAGUAGUAAUGAAAGGCAUAUAUAGGUGUCAUACAGUGUUACGGAAUACACUUUCGGCCAGAUUAAUCUGUGGUACGAGGCCCCAGUAUGCUGUACGUUUUGUUAUGGUACAAGUGCUGUUGAUUGUGGUGGAGUUUUUGAAUCAUAUUCUUUACCCGUUUACAUCAGAACCUUUAUUUCAGGAGGAUGUUAAAGGGAUAUUACUGAAUUGUCGAAAUCCUCAGGCAUCAUCGAUAAUUUGUUACGUGGGAAAAGCAGGGUGCUAAAUUGCACUGGAUUGAUUGUGUGAUAUUUCGAGUGAAUGACUAGUUGUACUAUAUCAUUAUCAUCUGAAAGGUUUCUUUUCACUUGGUGAAUGCCAUUGUCAGUGUUCAGUGUUUUGCAGGUUUGUAAUAAAAGAGGAUUUGUACGGUGAA